UUUACACGCAGGGUUGAGGAUCCGACGACCUCACUCCUCUCACAGGAAUGCAAAAGCUCCAUUCAUGGCGUCGGCUACCCCGCCAAACCCUAACCUUCCUAUCCCAAUCUCGAUCAAUAAAUCACCACCGUCCAUCUCCACCUACUGACGUUUACGACCCUCCCUUCUCUCCCAUCUCGAAAAUAGCCCCAGAAAAUUCCGAAGAUGACCGAAAAAUCCCCGUCCAGUCCGACCUCCCCUUCGAUUUCAGGUACUCCUACUCCGAAUCGGAUCCGUCGAUGCAGCCGAUCGGGUUCCGCGAGCCGCCGCGGUUCUCUCCCUUCGGACCCGGCCGGCUCGACCGGACGUGGAAUGGGGUAUCGGCUCCCGUUAAGGACAUGGGAGGAAUUUCGGAGGAUUUGGAAGGGCAGAAUUGGGUAAUAGGAGAUCCGUUGACGGAAGAAGAGAUGGAGGAGUUGGUGGAGAGGUAUCGGCACAAUGAUUGCUCUCGACAGAUCAAUCUAGGAAAGGGCGGAGUAACCCAUAACAUGUUGGAUGACAUCCACAACCAUUGGAAGAGAGCUGAAGCUGUGAGGAUCAAGUGUUUGGGGGUGCCCACCCUUGACAUGGACAGUGUCUGCUUCCAACUUGAGGACAAAACCGGUGGAAAGGUCAUCUAUCGGCAGAUCAAUAUCCUCCUUUUGUACCGUGGUCGUAACUAUGAUCCCAGGCAAAGGCCGGCUAUCCCUUUGAUGUUGUGGAAGCCUCGUGCACCCAUAUACCCAAAGCUUGUGAAGAAUGUUGCUGAUGGCCUAACCUUUGAGGAAACAAAAGAGAUGAGGAACAGAGGGUUGAAUGCUCCUGCUCUAAUGAAACUCACAAGGAAUGGUGUGUAUGUGAAUGUGGUGGAUAGAGUGAGGGAGGCCUUCAAAACUGAAGAAGUGCUAAGGCUUGACUGCAGCCAUGUGGAAACUAGUGACUGCAAGAAGAUCGGUGUGAAGCUACGGAUAAAUAACUGGGAUGGCUUUUGGUUCAAGGAAGCAUGCUGACCUGCUGGUGGCCAUCCAUGUUGGUUUUUGUGGCAUCAUGCUUUUGAUUCUAUAUCCCUGCACAAAUACGGUUAGUACUUGGUGCCCUGUGUUCCUAUCUUGUUCAAGAAUAGUCAGAUAGUAAUUUGGAGAGGAAAAAAUGAUCAGGAUUCUACCAAUCAAUCAAAUUAAAAUCCGCCAUGCAAUGGAGUAGAGUUCGCUGAGAAGCUCAUCACAUUGUACAACUUGGAUCUGGAAGCCACCUGGUUGAGCUCUCGAAAGCCUUGACUCAGUCGCCAAGAAAAAAAAGGGCAGAAAAUGGCUUAAACAGUCAUCCCUGUCUAACUCCUGGAGCAAUUACCCAAGGUCAGAAAUGCAAAGGACUGCUCAAGUCUCACUUCGGGUUUAUGUGACAUAAAAGUAUCAAAGUCAAUGGAGGAGACUGCUGGCUGGAACUGUUCUCUGUGAUGAAAAUGCACAUCUUCAGUCACCAUUGAGCGCCCACUAUACCAAGACCUGAUUGUAAGUUCUCAUGGCCUGAGGAAGAGGCCCCCUGCAGUUUUAUUUUUCUCAUAAUUUUGGUGUGUUAUAUGAACAUGCAGCCACAGAUUUAAUCAAAGAGCUCCCAUCUUUUUUCUCAAUCCA